AUGCACACCGUCUUCCGAAUUGGUGAAGUUCGAAAAAUUGAUAAGAAAAGUCCACUGUAUGAAGUGGAACUCAAACUUACGUCGGAUGAUGACCAACAGCUUCGUCAAUUAACCGACCGUAUACGAGAAGAAUCUUCGGGUAGCACUGGAUGGUAUCGAAUGGGUCAAUUACUCCUCAAAAUUGAUCAAUUCAACAAGGCCGAAGAAUUGUACAUGGCACUACUAGAACAAGCAUCUGAUGACAGCGAUAGAGCACAUAUCUAUCACCAGCUCGGAUGGGUGAAACGAAACCAAGGACAAUACAAAGAAGCAGCUUCAUUUUAUGAAAUGUCUCUCAAAAUUAAACGAAAAACUCUACCAGAAAAUCACCCUUCGUUAGCUAAUACCUACCACAACAUCGGUCAAGUGUAUAACAACAUGGGGGACUACUCGAAAGCAUAUGAAUUUUACGAAAAAGCAGUUAAAAUAAGAGAAGAAGAUCUACCUCCAAAUCAUCGCAAUUUGGCUAGUUCCUACAACAACAUCGGUGCAGUGUAUAACGACAUGGGUAACUACUCGAAAGCACUUAAAUUUUACGAAAAAGCACAUAAAAUCUACGAAAAAGCUCUACCUCCGAAUCAUCCCUCAUUGGCUACUUCCUGCAACAAUAUCGGUGGAGUGUAUAAAAACAUAGGUGAUUACUCGAAAGCACUUGAAUUUUACGAAAAAGCACAUAAAAUAAAAGAAAAAGCUCUGCCUCCAAAUCAUCCCGAAUUGGCUAUUAGUUACUUGAAUUUUGCAGGGUGUUACGAAAGAAUGGGUGAUUACGCAGCAGCUCUUAAGGCUCUUCGAAAUGCUUUUCAAAUUCAACAACAAGCAUUUCAAGAAGGUAAUCUAGCUUUUGCUUCAACAUAUAGUUGGUUCGGAAGAGUUUAUCGCAGUAUGAAAGAUUACCCAAAAGCACUUGAUAAUUUCGAGAAGUGUCUCUCAAUACGUCAUAAAGCCUUACCGGAAAAACAUCCCAAUCGAGCUAUUACAUAUAGUAAUAUAGGUGAUGUUCAUCGAUUAAUGGGUUGUUAUGAAAAGGCACUUGCAUUUCAUCAAAAAACAUUAAAUAUUCAAGAAAAUGUUCAAUGUAAUCCUCUGGAAUGUGCAACGACAUAUAUAAAUUUAGGUGAAACUUAUCGUGAAAUGAAAGAUUAUUCAAAAGCAUUGACAUAUUUUGAAAAAGGAUUAGAAAUACGUGAAAAUAAAUUAUCAAAAAAUCAUCCUGAUUUGGCUGUUGUAUAUCAUAAUAUGGCAAAAUUAUAUUUGGCUACACGAAAAUAUAGUAUAGCAAUGAAAAAUAUUCAACAAGCAGUUGAAAUAGCUCAAGAAAAAUUACCUUCAACUCAUCCUCAUCUUUUGGAAUACAAAGAAACAUUUGAAAAAAUUCGAAAGAAAAUGUAA